UUAACUAAAACGUUUCCUAUAUAUUUUGUUUUAAAUUUAUAUAAGAAAAUUAUAUGUUAUAAUAAAAUUUUCAUGUUAGUAGAUUUAAAAAAUCCCAAUCAUAAAAUUAUUAAAUCAAAAUAUAAAGAUUUAUUUAUUAAAGAACAUUCCUGUCAUCAUAUAAAAACAAGAUACAUUUCACGUCCUAGUUGUAUGUAUGCGAUAUGUGAAAAAGAAAAUGAAGAUUAUGUGUUGUGUUCUGAUGCGAAUUAUAGUGGAAAAUUAAUAUUUUUGUAUAGUGCUAAUCAAAAAUAUAAAAAAUUUAUGUAUCUUCCAGAAAGAUGCUUAACAAGAGAUUCUAAUUUGGAGUGUGUUUCAUAUUUUUGCGAAACCUAUGCUAAAGAUAAAUUUUUUCCAUGUGAACAUAAAGAAAUUAGUGUUAUAAAAGAUAUCAUGCCAUAUACAAGGAGGUCAGAAGUUAUGCCAGUAAAGCAGCAGAUUGUUCAUCAUGAAGAUAAUUUGAGUGCAUCUGCACUCUUUGCAAUGACUCUUAUGCCUUUUUUAAUUCUUUUCUUUUUUUUUUGGUGCUAUAUAUAUAAGAAUUUUAAAAAGAGGAGGAGAAGUAAGUUAUUUAUAAAAUAUUUGAAAAAAGAAUUAUUGGAAUCAAAUCCAGAGAGAGGAAAUUUUGAAGGAAAAAAUGGCUGCACACAAAGGUUAGAAAAAGUACUGCUGUGA